UGUGACAGGCACCCUUGAGGAAGACCUGUGAGCCAUGACACCUAGAGGGCCCUCAAUAAGAGGGUGGCACGUCAGGCCAGGCUAGAGCCUGGACCUGGGGUUUUAGAAGGGGUUAUGGAGGGGCCAAAAACCCUGGGUCCCUGUGGCCACUCCCACCCCCAAUGCCCCCAACCAUCAGCUUCGAGCAGCCAUGCAGGAUGCCUGGAUCCACCCUGCCAGGGGUUUGUAAGAUGGCCCUGCCUGGUACCUCUCAGCUCCACUCUCUCAAUAGAGUCGGCCAGACCUUUCCCACCUCCGGGGGUAGGAGGCGGGGGGCCCAGGGUAGGGGCUGAGGUACCUGGGAGCUUUAUGGCAAAUGAAGAGGGAGAGAUGCAGCGACAGAGACCGAGAGACCCAACGGGGACAAAACGAGGGCAAGAGGAGGCAAGGCUGGGGUGGGGCUGGCCCCUGCACUCAGGACGAGAGCAAGGGGCCCCCAGGCCAGGGGGAUCCCCCAGCUCAGGGCCCAGACCCGGCCCUUGCCCACCCCUGCCAACAGGGGCAGGAACCCCGGCUUCACCCAGGGCAGCCCCCUCCCAGCUCCAGAACGUGCCCCUGGGUCCUGCAGAGCAGUCCUUCUUCCAGCUGGAGCAGGAAAACCAGAAUCUGAAAAGACAGAACCAGGAUCUGCGAGAGCAGCUGGGGGCCCUCCUGGGGCCAGGGCAGCAGUUUCUGCCCCUAUGCCCGGAGCACUCGAGCUGCACGACCCUGGCCUGGCAGUCUGUGACCACAGAUGCUGCCCAUGGCCUUGGGGCUGACCCAAGGGCUCUUCCACAGACCCCUGAGCAGACCAGUUCCCAGCCCCUGGAGGACAGGGCACCCUUGCAGCUGCUGCGGCAGGAGCUGUGCCGGGGGGAAGAGUCCUUCGUGCAGCAGUCUCAGAAUGAACUGCAGCAGAUCCGACUGUCCUUUGAGAGGAAGAAGAUGGCCAUUACCGAGGUAUGGGAUGGCGUGGCCGAGGUACAUAUGGCCCUGAACAACCAGGCCACUGGGCUCCUGAACCUUAAGAAGGACAUCCGGGGAGUACUAGACCAGAUGGAGGACAUUCAGCUGGAGAUUCUAGGUUCCACUACACCAGACCGAGAGGUGCUGCAGGCUGGGGUAGGGGACGUACAUGGCCCUGACUGUACAGCCCCCGUCCCCAGGGAGCGUGCCCAGUGCCGCACCCAGGCCAGGAAGGAGCAGCAGAUGGCAUGCAUAGCGAAGGCAAGGCCUCAGCUGGGAUGUUCCGAGGGCCUCAAAAGCCAGCUCUGGGUCCCUGUCCAGCCCAGCCUCCUGGCACUGCCCCAAGGCUCGGAGGACAGGGGGACCACGUUGGUGGACAGAGCCAUGGAGGGGUGACGCAGAUCCAUGGGAGCCUCAUACCUGGCAGCCAAAGACCCAUCGGCCAGCCCCCACCUUCCAGGAUUCCAACUCAGCUUAAGUCAGUGGAAACACCCAUGAGGAAUGCCCACACCUUUGGCCAACACCUCUCCCAGAGCCUGACCCACUCUGCCCCCUGCCCCUGGAGCCCCCGCAUUGCAGCAACAGCCCUGGCCUUGCUGAAGGAAAGGAUCAAAAUGACUCUUUUUCUUUUUUUAAUAAAAUUAUAGAUAUAUAGAUGUAGAUAUAAAAACAUAAAACAGACACAACGCAA